ACUGACUGCUUUCAGCUGCUCUGAAGUCAGACUACCGACAGAUCUUUAUAAAUCUUAACAUUGCGUGCGUUGAUAGUUAUAACAAAAAUAGCAAUUUUUGGCAUAUUAAUAAAAAAUAAUUCUGGUAAUAUUUAUUAAUGAAAUAAUUGUUUAAAAUGUCUACUCGCCAUAUGAGAAAACUUUUAGGAAGUACAGCUCUUCCACCUCCUGAUGAAAGUGAUGACGAUGACUUUGUUCCUUUAUAUGCUAAAAAACAAGGUGGAACUUAUGCUGCUCUUGAGUUAGAUUCAGCACCAGAUCCUGAAGUAGAAGAGAAAAUGAUUGAGACUGAAGAACCAGAAUGUCUUAGUGUAGAUAAAAAGAAGAAAAGAAACAACAGAAAAAAUAAAAAAGGAAAAUCGAAUACAUUUGAUUUGGAUGAAAUAGACAAGUCAGUUAGGGAAGUAAAUGCACUACUUGGUGAACCAAAACCACAACAAGAAUCACAAAAAAAAGACAAGAGAUUGGAGGAAGAGAAUAUGUUGUUUUCUGUGCAGCAAAAAAAUUUAGAUUCUAACAAUGAAAUGGUCCGGAUUUUUGGGCCCGAAGAUGAUGAAGAUGAAAUUAGACGACAAAGACUACGAAAAAUGAAAUACCAGAAAAAUAUUGUGACCCAGAAUAUGUAUGCCUUUACCAAACACGGUUUAUCGAUGUCAAUAAAUAACUCUGAUAAGGAUGUCACAUAUUUUGUGUUUGACCACAAUAAGGAAUAUAGAACUUUACACCAAGUGUUCUUAGAUACAAUUAAAGCUGCACAGACGGUCGGAGGAAUGGCACAAGUAGAUUUUUUGUUUAAUGAAAUGCACGUGGAAGCAUUGUUGGAGAUAGCGGACAGAUAUUUUAUGGUAGAGGAAAAUACAAGAGCGAAUGAAAUUAUAGAGCAGACCAUAGCAUAUAUGCAAUUUGUUGCACAUCCGUGCUUUUCUCUUACUGGGCGAAGGAGCCGUCUAGAGUACAGGUACCUGGAAAACCGGGCUUUCCACGUGGCCCUGUUAAAAUUCGCUCACCUGUUAUCGAAUCGCGCCUGUCACAGAACGGCGUUGGAGGUCGUUAAAGCCCUCCUAAAUUUGGACCCCAACGACCCGUUAGCCGUUAUCUUCAUUAUCGACACGUUUGCAUUAAGAUCACGGGAGCAUAAAUGGUUAUACGACUCGGUCGAUUAUUGGAACCGGAAUCGGGAUGGAGAGUUCAUGUUCAAUCUUCAGUAUUCGCAGGCGAUGUGUUGUUAUCAUCUUUCGAAGGCGAAGAAUAGGAAAGUAACACCUGAAGAAGCAAAUAAUAGAUUACAGAAGACACUGUUAAGGUUCCCAUAUGUGCUUAUAAAACUGAUUGAGGCCUGCAACCAAGCCGUGGCCGAGGAGAUACGUAAAUGUAAAUUCUUCAAUGAAUUCGCAUCUCUCAGUACACCCCAGGCACUUAAGGAUUUAAUGAAUUUAUAUAUAAAAUUCACUUGGGCACGCUGGAGAGAACAGCCCGUAUUGGAAUGGCUCACCGCUAACGCAAUAGAAGUUAUAGAAAAAUUACAGAAAAACAUUAUUGAUGAGAAAUCGACAAUGGCAGACGUUCAAAACCGAUCUCGGUUGUUCCAAAAAUGGCCUGAAGAGAUAAUACGGCACUUAUGUAUUAUCAAACCUAUGUCUAAUCUAAUAGUAGAAGGGGCGGUUCCAGAAGUACCAACAUAUGCGCUUAGGACUAAUCCCUGUCCUCCCAGUAACACAAUCAAUCGAUAUAAUUAUGCCCUGCAAAGACAAGGUAAUAUGGAGUUUUUUCAGGGUCUUCUGAGAACUAUACGUCCAAAUUUCGAUAACGAUGCGCAAAAUUAAUAAUCUGUGGACUUUACUGGCAACAUUAAUACACGAAUCGUACUCCGGCUGAAAGACUUGUAUCCAUCAUAAUAAAUUUAUAAAAAAUCAAUGCAGUUUUUGGCGGGAAUUUUGUUAUUGAAUGAUGUCCAAAUAUGUAAUGUUUGAAUUUUUCUUCCAUGAAGUGAUUCUCGCUGUCAUAAUAAUUUAUAUUUUUUUAAAUAUAUUGCUUCAUUGUAUGAAAUAGCAGGAUAAUUUUGCUGAUGGCUUCAAUUAACCAGUCUUAUGGUAUGCUAUCCAAAUUUGUGAUUUUAAAUUGUUUUAUAAAAUAAAUUAAAAGUUACUGUAUUUCUUUUCAUAUUUAUUUAUUUUACAAUAAAAAUCUUAAAGUAUUUACUAUCUAUAGUACUAUAAUUUAUGGUUAAGGUAAAAAGCACGAAUUAGUUCAUCAGCAAUCUGUUCUAAGGUACCUGCCUGUACCAUAAAUAAUGGCUGAAUGAUCGAUAACUAUUUAUUUCUCGUAAAUUAAAUUUGCGCCUUUAGUGCUAUGUUAUAUAUUGUGAUUCAACGGGCUUUGUGGUAUGCAACAGCAUGAAGAUUAUAUAAGGUGAUUUAUUCUAAUAACUUCAGUUUCAAUACAUACAAAAUAAUGAUUGUCACCAAAUGUUUUACUUUCAUUCUCAUGGCAUUAUCAUUUUCAAGAAUUCACAAAAUCGGAGGGCCAUGUUGCCUCACAUAGUUUGCUCACAAACAUAUAAAAUCAUUUUUAUUCGACUAACAUUAUUUUGCUAUUUUGUAAAACCAAACUCACUCAUACCAAGCCAAAUACAAACAUUAAUUCCAAAUUUUGAUUUAAUAAUAAAGACAUAAUAAUUUGUUUAAUAUUUAAUAAUAACUA